AGCUCCGGAGGUCCGCGGGAGCAGGCUGGAGAGCAGAGCACAACCGACAGCCGCGGCGUCAGCGCCCGGGUUGCCAGGAUCCCCGGUUCCCUGCUGAACUGCGUCUGGAAGAAGCAAUCCUCGCUGCUCCCGCCAACGGGGGACCGCACUCGCAACUCUUGGGGGCGGCCGAAGUUGCAGGGGCAGGCUGGGCGCGCCGGGAGAGCGUCCCAAAGGCGGCGUGCGCGCAGGACCAGCAGCGGUGGCCUGCAGGCAGCAGAGUUCGGCGCGGUUCCUGCAGGGUGCGACCCCCGGGAGCGCCGGGCGCGCGCGACGAUGAGGGCGCGGCCGCAGGUCUGCGAGGCUCUGCUCUUUGCUCUGGCGCUCCACACCGGCGUGUGCUAUGGCAUCAAGUGGCUGGCACUGUCCAAGACUCCGGCAGCCUUGGCACUGAAUCAGACGCAACACUGUAAACAGCUGGAGGGCCUGGUGUCUGCGCAGGUGCAGCUCUGCCGCAGCAACCUGGAGCUCAUGCGCACCAUCGUGCACGCCGCGCGGGAGGCCAUGAAGGCCUGCCGCCGGGCCUUUGCUGACAUGCGCUGGAACUGUUCCUCCAUCGAGCUCGCCCCCAACUACCUGCUUGACCUGGAGAGAGGUACCCGGGAGUCAGCCUUCGUGUAUGCCCUGUCGGCCGCCACCAUCAGUCACACCAUCGCCCGGGCCUGCACCUCUGGCGACCUGCCCGGCUGCUCCUGCGGCCCCGUCCCAGGUGAGCCACCCGGGCCCGGGAACCGCUGGGGAGGAUGUGCGGACAACCUCAGCUACGGGCUCCUCAUGGGGGCCAAGUUUUCCGAUGCUCCUAUGAAGGUGAAAAAAACAGGAUCCCAAGCCAAUAAACUGAUGCGUCUACACAACAGUGAAGUGGGGAGACAGGCUCUACGUGCCUCCCUGGAAACGAAGUGUAAAUGCCAUGGGGUCUCUGGCUCCUGCUCCAUCCGCACCUGUUGGAAGGGGCUGCAAGAGCUCCGGGAUGUGGCUGCUGACCUCAAGACCCGCUACCUGUCAGCCACGAAGGUGGUACACCGGCCUAUGGGCACUCGCAAGCACUUGGUGCCCAAGGACCUGGAUAUCCGGCCUGUGAAGGACUCAGAACUAGUGUAUCUACAGAGCUCCCCUGACUUCUGCAUGAAGAAUGAGAAGGUGGGAUCCCAUGGGACCCAAGACAGGCAGUGCAACAAGACCUCCAACGGCAGUGACAGCUGCGACCUCAUGUGCUGUGGGCGCGGCUACAACCCCUACACGGACAGAGUGGUGGAGCGAUGUCACUGCAAGUACCACUGGUGUUGCUAUGUCACCUGCCGCAGGUGUGAGCGCACGGUGGAGCGCUAUGUCUGCAAGUGAGACCGUAUGCCCCGCCCCUGAGGAGGGGUGUGUAUGCCCCGCCCCUGAGGAAGGGUGCGGCUCCUCUGAGGACCCACUCAAGGGCCUGGAGACUUCGGUGGACUUCCCUGCAGAUGCCAGAUGCCAGCCAUGGGAGGCGGCUUGUGCUCUGCCUCCACUUGGAAGACACCACAACAGGAGGCCUGGUCGCCCUGGGAGAGCCGGGGCAUCAAAGGAAACUGAUAGGAUUAAAAAUAACCUGGCAGCCUGGGGCCUAAGUGCCCACAUGUUGCCUUCCAGGCUGCUCCAAGAAGUCAGGGCAGGGAUGGGUAAGACUGUGUGCAUAUGACCUUUCAAGGCCAGAAAGACGGCUUUCUGGAAUGUUCUUUGGGACCCUGUGCCCACCACAUGGAACCACUAACUUGGGUUGUAAAUUUUUAUUUUCCUUCCCCUCUCCCGUGGGAUGUGGGAGUUACAGAAAUAUUUAUAAAAUAUAGCUUUUUCUUUGGGGUGGCUCACUUCAAUCCCUCUUUAUAUAUAUUAUAUAUAUAAAUAUAUAUAAUGAUUAUA